AUGAUAGAAAGUGACAUCUCAUCCAUGAUGUCAGGAAUUAUUCGAAACUCAGGGCAAAACCACCACCCCUCUCCGCAGGAGUACAGGCUCCUGGCUACCUGCAGUGAUGAUGACCUUCCUGGGGACCUGCAGUCCCUGUCAUGGCUCACAGCGGUGGACGUGCCACGGCUACAGCAGAUGGCGAGUGGCCGCAUGGACCUGGGUGGCCCCGGUGCGCCGCCCCCACACCCAGGUGCCUUGGCCAGGGCGGCUGACCUGCACGUGGGAGCUACUGCAGGUGCCCUGCUCCACGGCCCGGCUGGCGUGGCCCCCCCAGGCAUGCUCGGCCUGAGCCCCAUAGCCAAUCACGGAGCCACUGUGAGUCAGAUCCCUGUGGGGGGCCAGCCCUCAUCCGGCCUGCAGGACUCGCCACAGCUGUACUCGUCCACCCCCCAGACACAGUUACCGCUCCCCGCAGGCCCGCAGCAGUGCCCUCCCGUGAGCCUGUAUGGCUCCCCAUUUGGAGCACGGUCUCCAUACCCCCAGCCCCGCAUGGCUGUCCAUUCAUCUCAGGAACUGCACCCCAAACACUACCCCAAGCCCAUCUACUCAUACAGCUGUCUGAUCGCCAUGGCCUUGAAGAACAGCAAGACAGGCAGCCUGCCCGUGAGUGAGAUCUACAGCUUCAUGAAGGAGCACUUCCCCUACUUCAAGACGGCUCCCGACGGCUGGAAGAACUCGGUGAGACACAACCUGUCCCUGAACAAGUGCUUCGAGAAGGUAGAGAACAAGAUGAGCGGCUCCUCGCGCAAGGGCUGCCUGUGGGCCCUUAACCUGGCCCGCAUCGACAAGAUGGAGGAGGAGAUGUACAAGUGGAAGAGGAAGGACCUUGCUGCCAUCCACCGGAGCAUGGCCAAUCCCGAGGAGCUGGACAAACUGAUCUCGGACCGACCAGAAAGCUGCAGACGGCCUAGCAACCCCGAGACCACCGUGCUGACUCACGCCGCCACAGUGGCCAUGGCCCACGGCUGCCUGGCUGUCUCCCAGCUCCCACCCCAGCCCCUGGUGACCCUGUCCUUGCAGUCAGUCCCCCUGCACCACCAGGUCCAGCCCCAGGCACAUCUGGCCCCAGAUUCUCCAGCCCCAGCACAGACCCCGCCCCUGCAUGCCCUGCCGGACCUGAGCCCCAGCCCCCUGCCCCAUCCUGCCCUGGGAAGGGCCGCCGUGGACUUCAUCAACAUCAGCACCGACAUGAGCACCGAGGUGGACGCCCUGGACCCCAGCAUCAUGGACUUCGCUCUGCAGGGGAACCUCUGGGAGGAGAUGAAGGAUGGGGGCUUCAGCCUGGACACCCUGGGGGCCUUCGGAGACUCUCCCCUUGGCUGUGAGCUGGGGGCUUCGGGCCUGACCCCCGUCUCCGGCGGGAGCGACCAGUCCUUCCCAGACUUGCAGGUGACGGGUCUCUAUGCCUCGUACUCGACCCCAGACAGCGUGACCACGUCAGCCACCACCUCCUCCUCCCAGUACCUGGGCGCCCCAGGGAACAAACCCAUAGCCCUGCUUUGA